AUGAAAGGACACAUCAUUUCUGGAGCUGCGCUCAUGCUCAUGGCUUUAUAUCUCAAAUUCUCCUUUCCCGGAGGUUGCACCUACAAACCGUUCCUAUAUUCCCAGAACAGCCGGCAAAUGAGGCGAGAAAUUAUGGGGAGACAAAAGGAUUUGGAAUUUUUCUAUCAAACCUUAAUGGGGAUUAAAGACACCGUCCCGGAAGAGUCUGUGAGAUACAUGGAGAUGGACCUGGAGGGUCCUCAGUCUCUGACCUGUAAGGAUCUAAGCCAGAUAACAGGACUGGAUUAUAUUGGAUCAGGAUUUACCAAGGUGGUGGUGAAGGGAACGUUACUGAAGGGCAAAUCCAUCGCCCUGAAGUCCAUCCAUGGCCAAGGCAACGACAUGAAGCAAUGUGUGCAGCAAUAUGGCGACCACUCCGGAUGCCACCGACUGGCCACGUAUAAGCUACAAAAGGAGAUUGCUCUACUACAGAUCCUCCGCCACCCGGGGAUCAUCCAGCUCCAUGGCCAGUGCUAUGUUAGCAGUGCCCCCUCGGACAUCAGGGUCACGGCAAUGUUGGAACUCGGAUCCCCCCUGGAGAUGAUUCAGCUCCUGCAAACCCCCUGGGAGGAGCGAUUUAAAAUCUGUUGGGAAUUGGUGCAGUUGCUGCAUUAUCUGGCCAAUUCCCCCAUGGGCUCCAUCGCCCUCCUGGAUUUCCAGCCAAGACAGUUUGUCCUUGUAGACGGGAACCUAAAAGUGACGGACAUGGAUGACGCCAGUAGUGAAGAGCCAACGUGUAGUCAGGACGCAGACUGCGCCCUCUCCUUCCCUGCCCGGACGUAUACCAUGACUUGCUCGGCUGUCGGGAGGUGCACAGGGUCCAAUGAGAAGAGGAACCUCUACAACGCGUACAGAUUCUUCUUUACCUACCUCUUACCGCACGCCGCUCCCCGUGCCCUGCAGCCGCUCCUGGAAGACAUAAUGAACAUGACAGGAGAAUUACAGGUCGGGAUCAAUGAGACGCUCGAGGCUUUCGAAGACGUGUUAAAGGUUUACAAGACAGGAAUGAAUCAGAGCCAAGAGCAUCAUUUACGUGACUACACCGUGUUCAGAGGAUUCCGCAUGAACGACACAGAUGGAGGUUUCCGGUGCUGGCCGUCCUAUAACCAUCAGGGAUGUCUGUUAUCCGUGCACAGCGCAGCGGAGGCGGCUGAGUUCUGCAACGGUCGUCCACAGUGUCGCAACUUCAUGAUUAGUCAGCAGAAAACAUGGACUGGCCGCUAUCUGACCACCUUCACCAUGAAUUCCCUCCAGCUCGUACCCGAUGAGAAUUACAGUAUCUAUGUGAAACGAUCAGGUGACAGCGACCUGCAGGAGGGAUGAGGCCGGACCCUGCACAUCAUCAUCCUCAUCAUCAUCACCAGUGCUCCAUACUAUGUUAGAGCCAGAGGUGUAAUGUAAAGCUUCUGGGCCCAAUGCAAAAUCGGCAACAGCGCCCCCACCUGCCAUGUCAUCUUGUGUGGUAGACAGGGCUGGUGCAAGGAUUUUUGCCAACUUAGGCAAAAGCUAAUUUUGCCGCCCCUUGACUCCGCCCAAUGGCCCGCCCCUUGACACGCCCACCCAACUACUGGGGUGAUACACUGUAACAAACCUCCUCCUCAUGCUGCUGGCUGAGUGAUUGAUUUAGAUGCUGGUUAUCUAACUUUCUUGUGGCAGGCAGACGGGUGCUCUAGACCGCUGCCUAUUUUGCCUAUAGGCACAGCCGGCCCUGGUGGUAGAACAGGCCUUUGGGCCCCCUCGGGCUCCAGGACCACGGUGCGAUUGCUUCCUCUGCACUACCCAUAGUUACGCUCCUGUCCAAAUCUGAUGUCACUAGUGAAAUGGGAUGGAAACGGCUGAGACAUGUAUCUGUACAACGCGGCUUUAUCAACAAAGAAUGAGGACUAUACUAUGGACUUUUUGUUUUCAGUGGCCAUUAACUAAAACUAACUGCUGCUCCUCCAACGUGGACUCAUUUAUGUCUGACUGCACAGUAAUAGUGUAUGUAGUUCAAGAACAAUUCCAGUCAAAUAUUAAGGCACACAUAAUUUUGUUCAUAGGAGCAGUAUUAUAGUAG